AUGGUAUUGGAGACUUCCAAGGAGGCAACACGGAGCGUAUUGACCACUGCGAUGACCCAGGCUAGGAAAGUGGCUAAGGAAGCCAUCACAAAUGCAGAGGGGAAGCUGUCUCUGGCUGAUGUUUUGCUCAGUACCAGUAUUACUCCAAAUUUGUUGCGGUUAUUACUGAAUGGAGGCGGCACAAUAUCUGCUACUGGUUGUAUCACUCAGUUCUACUUCUUUUGGGUUUCAGGAGCUUCAGAAUUUUACCUCCUCACAGCCAUGGCCUAUGACCGAUAUCUGGCCAUCUGCUCCCCACUUCAUUAUGCCUCCAUUAUGGGUUUCAGGCUUUGCCUCUAUAUGAGUCUUUGUUCUUGGGGCUUAGCCAUUGUAAUAAGUAUGAUUAUGAAUCUUCUGAUACUUAAUCUACAGUUCUGUGGCCCAUUUUUUAUAGAUCAUUAUUUCUGUGAUUUGUCACCUCUUCUUGAACUUUCUUGCACAGAUUAUAAACUAGUUGUAAAACUAACACUAAUGAUAUUGACCAUACCUUUUACAAUUUUCCCUUUUUGCUUCAUCAUUUACACUUACGUUUCCAUUGGCCUUGCCAUUCUCAGGAUCUCCUCUACUGAAGGAAGACACAAAGCCUUCUCCACUUGCAGCUCCCAUUUAAUAGUUGUGUGCAUGUACUAUGGGUCUCUUCUAAUAGUUUAUAUGGUACCAUCCAAGGGGCAUCAUUUCAAUAUUGAUAAAAUACUGUCCCUUCUAUACACAGUUGGAACCCCAUUUUUCAACCCAGUUAUAUACAGCCUGAGAAACAAAGACAUUAAAGUUGUUCUACUGAAACACUUGCGGAACUGA